AUGCCUCUCCUCUACAUAUUGGUUCUUGCGCUUCUCCUCUCACACACUCCUCGCUGCUCCUCGUCCGCACCUGCUGGCGAUACCCUCACUGAAGGCCAAGUGCUUGCCGUCGGCGACAAGCUCGUCUCGACGAACGGCAAGUUCGCGCUCGGCUUCUUCCAGCCUGCAACGACCACCAUCAGUAAGUCCCACAACGCCACCAGCUCCAGCUCCAGCUGGUACCUUGGCAUAUGGUUCAAUAAGAUCCCGGUUUUUACCGUCGUGUGGGUUGCUAAUCGGGAGGAGCCCAUCGCCCAUUCCAACAUCAACUCAACAAAGCUCAAGUUCUCGAGUGACGGCAAUCUUGUCAUUGUCACAAACCGUGCUGAUGCCGUCACUGAAUCCCUUGUUUGGUCCACUCAUAUUGCCAAUAGGACACAAGCCAGUAGCAUAAACACCACCACCUCUGGUGCUGCUGUUCUCCUGAACAGCGGAAACCUUGCCCUACUCACAAAUAGCAAAGUGAUGUUGUGGCAGAGCUUCGACUACCCAACAGAUAUCGCGCUUUCUGGCGCCAAGCUUGGCUGGAACAAGGUCACUGGUUUCAGCCGCAAGUUCAUAUCAAAGAAGAGCCUCAUUGAUAUGGGUCUUGGCUCAUACAGCCUAGAACUAGACACCAGCGGCGUCGCCGUCCUCAAGCGCCGCAACAAUCCCUCUGUAGUCUAUUGGCAUUGGGCAUCCUCCAAAACAUCAUCACUGAGUGUUUUACCAACACUAAAGACAAUUAUAGAUUUGGAUCCACGCACCAAAGGCUUGAUGAACCCAAUAUAUGUCGACAACGAGCAAGAGGAGUACUACAUGUACACUUCGCCGGAGGAAUCAUCGUCUUCCCUGUUUGUCUCACUAGACAUCUCCGGUCAGGUCAAGCUGAAUGUUUGGUCGCAAGCCGACCAGUCUUGGCAAACCAUCUGUGCUGAGCCUGCCGAUGCCUGCACUCCAGCUGCUACCUGCGGGCCUUUCACAGUCUGCAACGGCAACGCACAGCCAUCCUGUGACUGUAUGGAGAGCUUCUCUCAGAGGUCACCACAGGAUUGGGAGUUUGAGGAUCGGACAGGAGGAUGCAUCAGAAACACACCUUUGCAUUGCGGCACUAGUGGUAACAACAAAAACACGACAAGUUCAACAUACAUAUUCCACCCCAUUUCUCAAGUUGUGUUACCCUACAACCCACAAAGCAUAGAUGUUGCUACCACUCAGAGCAAAUGCGAAGAAGCUUGUCUCAGUUCCUGCUCCUGCACCGCUUAUUCCUAUAACAAUAGCAGAUGCUCUGUCUGGCAUGGUGAAUUGCUCAGUGUAAAUCUGAAUGAUGGCAUUGACAAUAAUUCUAAAGAUGCCCUUUACCUUCGCCUUGCCGCGGCUGCAAAGUUUGAAAAGAAGAAGAAUCAAACAAACAUAAGAGUUGUAACUGCCGCAAGCAUUAUUGGUUUUGGAUUAUUGCUAAUGCUCGUGCUGCUGUUACUGAUUUGGAAGAACAAAUUGAAGCCAUUAUGCAAGAAUCAAGGCACUGGUGGUGGGAUAAUAGCCUUUAGAUACACUGAUUUAGUGCGUGCUACUAAAAACUUCUCAGAAAAGCUGGGAGGGGGUGGUUUUGGUUCUGUAUACAAAGGAGUCUUAAAGGACUCAACUAGUAUAGCAGUGAAAAGGCUUGAUGGUGCCCGUCAAGGAGAGAAGCAAUUCAGGGCUGAGGUGAGCUCAGUUGGACUGAUCCAACAUAUCAACAUUGUGAAAUUGAUCGGUUUCUGCUGCGAAGGUGAUCACAGGUUACUUGUGUAUGAACACAUGUUAAAUGGGUCUCUUGAGGGUCAUCUAUUUGAGAAGAGCAGUUCUCCUGUCCUAGAUUGGAACACCAGAUAUCAAAUAGCCCUAGGAGUUGCCAAAGGAUUGUGCUACUUGCAUGAGAGUUGUCACAAAUGCAUCAUACAUUGUGACAUUAAGCCAGGAAACAUACUCGUGGAUGCAUCAUUUGUUCCUAAAAUCGCAGACUUUGGGUUAGCUGCGUUUGUGGGAAGGGAUUUUAGCCGAGUUAUGACUACAUUCAGAGGGACUGCUGGUUAUCUUGCCCCAGAGUGGCUUAGCGGAGUUGCAAUCACACCGAAAAUUGAUGUUUACGGCUUCGGCAUGGUACUUCUGGAAAUCAUAUCAGGAAGGAGGAAUUCCUCACUAGAAACACCAUACAACACUAGAAGCAGCAGCACCAGGUACCAGAAUGUUGAUUUUUUCCCUGUGCAAGCCAUCAGCAAGCUUCAUGGCGGAGAUGUCAAGAGUUUGGUGGAUCCACAGUUGCAUGGCGACUUCAAUUUGGAAGAGGCUGAAAGGGUUUGCAAAGUUGCAUGCUGGUGCAUCCAAGAUAAUGAGUUUGAUCGGCCGACUAUGGGUGAAGUAGUCCGGGUUCUCGAGGGUCUGCAAAAGAUUGAUAUGCCCCCGAUGCCAAGACUACUUGCAGCUCUAACAGAACAAUUUAGUGUUGUAACUUCAGUGUAAUAUUAAUAGUUCAUAGAGAGUGCUUCACAUACGAUCGAUGUUAUUAAUCUUUGUUUCUUUAAAAUUGUAAUCUGGAGUGGAAGGAACGAAGGAAGAAGACAAGCUUUCAGUUGCUAAAUCCUCUGUUAUUUAUGUUUUUGUAUGGUAAGCAAGCAUUGUGGAAAAAUAUUGCAGAACUUGAAUAGCUCCUUCGCCGUUGCUUAGUAAGGUUGACUGAACUUGCCAAAUUACGUCACUGAGUGUUGUGUUGAACAUUGUAUUAGGCUGUUGAUUUUCUUUCUUCUCUAGGAAAAAGAUUGUUUGUUCCUUGCUGUUCUAUUUGUUGCCAUAUUUCCCGUUCUGGCCAUAGAAGAUAAGUGAUGCUCUGUUCUAUGGGUGCUCUGCUUUUAGCUAAUUGAUGCAUGUUGUAUUUCCUUUAUCCUGAACUUGGUAAUGCUAUAAAAGAAAAGCUUGACUGUGAGUUGCUUUCUUUCUGAUC